AUAGCGUUUGCCAUAUUGUGGACGUAAUUAAUGUAAUGAAUAUAUAAUACUCGUGUAAAUCAAUGAAUGAAUACGUAUUGAGAAUUGAAUUGAGAUUUAAAUGAAAUUUUGAUUUUUUCAUUGAUUUGUCUUUUCGUUGAAAACAAUGUCAAGACUUUGAUUACCAUUGAUUGCCAAACAUCUCAUAUAAAAACAAAUGACUUUAGGUUUAAAUUUGAGUAAAUUUAAUAUUUUUAAUAAACUGACGAAAUCCGAGUCUAAAAAGCGAAGCUUUGACGAAGUGGUCAACGGUUUGCCCGAAGACAACAAUCCGACGACCGGUUUCGGUCACAAUCACAACAAUCACAGUUAUGAAUCCGAAAACAAACGUUUGCGGAGAGAAAUGUUGAACGAAGUGACCACUUCUGACACCAAAUUGAAUACAAAUAAUCAGAAUAACUGUGAAUCAAUAUCAGUCAAUGAUAUGCCUAUUUGGGAGAAAGUAUGGCAUAAAGUUAGAGGAAAUAAUGGUAAACAAGACAAACCAACUGAUGCCACGACAAGUGGCUAUCAAAUCAAUGAAAUGGUUGUCAAUAAUACAACAGAAAAUACACGCUUUUCAUCAAAUGCAACGACGAGUAACUCAUUUCCAUUGUUUUCAUCUGAUCCACACUUUUGUGAUUAUCGACCAUCAAAUAUGACUACAAAAACGGUUAAAAAGAAGUCUAAACUAAUUGAUUUGAGCGAAAAGUUUAAAUACAAACAAUUAAUUGCCAGACAUAUGAAGUUUGGUAAUAAACAGUCCGAUAAUAAAAAAUUAUCGACAAAAACGUGUAGAAAUCCUGAAAUUAUUGACUUAACGAGUGAAACAUCCAUAACAUCAAUCAAAUCUGUAUCGACAUAUUCAGCACCGGUGAUGGCUAUUCAAUCAAAGUCAUUGCAUUUUGAUAGCAAACAAUUGGAUAAAAGCGAUUCAAAUGUWAAUUUAACGCAAAGAAUAGUUAGGGAAGGGUUUACAGCUCGAGCGCCAACUAUUAAGUUAAACAAAUCAAAUAAUACACCGUUUGGUAUGAAAAGCUUUCAACCGAUUCACUCGACGCCGAAAAUUUCUAAUAUAAACGACAGACCAAAUGAUAAUUUAUUUAAACAAACGCCACAUAAUGUUACACCACUGACACAAUCAUUAGAACCAAUGCCUGAAAGUAGCAAAAUAUUUAAAGAUAUGGUUUCUUCUAAAGAAGAAAUUUUCACAAAAGAAUGGAUUAGAGAUUUCAGAAAAAAUCUGACAGACAUUGAAAAGAAUGAAUUCAAAACAUCGAAAUGUGAAGAAAAAGUUGUGGAAACAAAUCGAAAGCGUAUUGAAGACUCAAAAUCUUUGAGAGCAAAAGUCCAUCGACCUAUCAAUAGGACAGAACUGAAUCCAUUUAUUCCAUUUUAUGAAAUCGAUGAGGAAGACGAAGAUAUUGAUGAUGAAGAAGAAGAAGAGACUGCAUUGGUUGAUAUGCCAGUGUUGACACCAGAAAUGGAUAAAGAAAUUGACAGUGCCUUCAAAGCGGGUCCUAAUGUUACACUUGUCGAAAGCUCUUCCGGWCCUAUAUGUCGCAGAGAUAUUGAGACACUUAAAGGUCUCAAUUGGCUCAAUGAUGAGAUCAUAAAUUUUUAUUUGACACUAAUUGUCGAAAGAGGAAAAAACGAUAAUUACUCUUCAGUUCACGCAUUUAAUACAUUCUUCUAUAAGAAAUUGAAAGAUAGCGGACCACAGAGUCUCAAGAGAUGGACGCGAAAAGUUGAUAUAUUUGCUAACGAUUUUGUUUUUAUACCAAUUCAUUUGGGAAUGCAUUGGUGUCUUGCGGUCAUUAAUUUUAAAGAUAAAUGUUUACAAUAUUACGAUUCAAUGGGUGGCAAUAAUGACGAGUGUUUACAACUUCUUAAAGCUUACGUACAGACAGAGAGUUUGGAUAAGAAAAAAGUGACAUUAGAUAUGUCCGAUUGGAAUAUCUUUAACGUCAAGAAUAUUCCUCAACAAGAAAAUGGAAGCGAUUGCGGAAUGUUUAGCUGUAAAUAUGCUGAAUAUAUCUCAAGAAAUGCCAAAAUUAACUUCUCACAGUCUCAUAUGCCUUAUUUCAGACGUCGCAUGGUUUACGAAAUAUUGAACAAACGUUUAUUAUAA